AUGAGUGCCAGAGCUGCAAAUGGCAGUGCUUCUUUUGAUGAAGUUAGUAAGGAUAGAUUCUCGGUAAUCAAAGCAGAAGAAUCCCGGAUAGCUUUAUGGCUUCAAGUUUUGUCAGAACGGGGGGAAAAUCUGACUGUCAAGGUAGUUGUCAGGAUAGUGAUGGAAACCAGUGAAGUUGUUGACUAUGCACCAGAGGCAGGAGAUGCCACCUGGGAGGAUGUUGGUGAAAAAAAAAAGCGGCAAAUUUUCCUUUCAUCUCUUUCUCAUUUUCCCUAUCUCGGACCGAAGUCUUCAUCUCUUUCUCUCUGUCUCAUUUUCCCUAUCUCGGACCGAACCAGUCUUCAUCUCUUUCUCUCUCUGUCUCAUUUUCCAUCAUAUUUUCCUUCUCUCCUUUCUCUUCCUACUAUACCCAUCACCACCUCCUCCUCCUCCUCCUCUCUCGGACCGAACCACUGCCUCUCUCGGACUGAACCUCCUACUGGAGCCUUGACGAAGAAAAAAAAUGGAGCCAAAGUAAAUCUCAAGAUAUAUGCCUCCUCCUCAUCAUUUUCAUCUCCAUUUCAAUUUUCAUUUCAGAACCUAACAAAGGCACCUAGAACGUCAAGAGGAAACAUUUUAAAAUCAUCUGAAGGAUCGAAUGGCAAUAGUCCAUCAGCCAGCCCCUGGGGCAGCAUCAUUGACAACCUCAAUGGACUCCUUUGUACAUUGAGAGAAAAUUUUGUUCCUCCAGUUCUUGCUCAGAAGAUAUUUUCUCAGGUUUUUACGUAUAUCAAUGUGCAACUCUUUAAUAGCCUUCUUCUACGUCGAGAGUGUUUCACUUUCAGCAAUGGGGAAUAUGUGAAGUCUGUAUGCGGGCUCGUCUUGGGAUGAACUCAAACAUGUCAGGCAGGCUGUUGGAUUUUUGGUUAUACAUCAGAAAUCUAGAAUUUCAUACGAUGAAAUUACAAAUGACCUAUGCCCAGUAAGUUUCUCUUCUCUUGUAAAACUGGGAGAACAUCAACUGUGGAUGUUUCCAGGAUGCAAUAUUCCGAGUAGUGGCUGC